CUCUUGCCCAGCACAAGAAAACCAGCUAUCUCUCCAAUUUCACAUUUGUGAACUAGAGGCCCAGAGACUAAGGAAGGCCUGCACCAGGGUGCACAGUGUAGGGAGGACCCAGGACAAUGGCUGCUGCUCCUGAUUUGCAAAUGGAGGAUGUGAAUGUGCGUAGAGACGUGGAAGAAAAGCUGGAGGAGGAGAAGAAAAUGACAGAGGAUGGGGAAGAUAAAGAUCCCUUCAAGGAUAAAAAGGUCCACAGGAUUGUCUCCAAAUGGAUGCUUCCUGAAAAUGCCCGGAGAACAUACAUGGAGAGAGCUAACUGCCUCCCGCCCCCUGUGUUCAUCAUCUCCGUCAGCCUUGCUGAGCUGGCAGUGUUCAUUUACUAUGCUGUGUGGAAACCUCAGAAACAGUGGAUCACCUUGGACACAGGCAUCUUGGAGAGUCCAUUUACCUACAAUCCUCAGAAGAGGGAGGAAGCCUGGAGGUUUAUCUCAUACAUGCUGGUACAUGCGGGAGUUCAGCACAUCUUGGGGAACCUGAUUAUGCAGCUCGUUUUGGGUAUUCCCUUGGAAAUGGUCCACAAAGGCCUCCGCGUGGGGCUGGUGUACCUGGCAGGAGUGAUUGCAGGAUCCCUUGCCAGCUCCAUCUUUGACCCACUCAAAUAUCUUGUGGGUGCUUCAGGAGGAGUCUAUGCUCUGAUGGGAGGCUAUUUUAUGAAUGUUCUGGUGAAUUUUCGAGAAAUGAUUCCUGCCUUCGGAAUUGUCAGACUACUGAUCAUCAUCUUGAUAAUCACAUCAGAUAUGGGAUUUGCUCUCUACAGAAGGUUCGUUGUCCCUGCAAAUGGGUCAUCACCGGUGUCUUUUGCAGCUCACAUUGCAGGUGGAUUUGCUGGAAUGUCCAUAGGGUACACAGUGUUUAGCUGCUUUGAUAAGACACUGCUGAAAGAUCCACGGUUUUGGAUAGCAAUUGCAGCUUAUUUAGCUUGUGCCGUAUUUGCUGUGUUUUUCAACAUUUUCCUAUCCCCAGCGAACUGACCUGCCCCUAAUAGAAACCAAUUAAUAAAAAGAGCCAUCUGGGUAAAAACAAACUGGAGAACUCUAUGAAGAAACAGAGAAGUCCCAGCAAAACACCACUGAAAUCAUCAGUUGCAAAGACUCCUAACAAAAGGUCUUAGGUUUUUUGUUUUUUAAAUAAUGUUUUCAUUGAUUUUUUUAGAGAGAGAGGAAAGGAGAGAGGGAUAGAAACAUCAAUGUGGGA